AUGUGCAGUUUCAUGGACUUGGUGCCAAAAAAUUGUCCACCAAAGUCCUGCUGGAUGUUCCCAUGGCUUGGGCCUCGCCUCUUCCUAUCCUUCGUCAUCAUCUCCACGAUGCCGACACCAUUGCUUGCCGCAGCCUGCGAACCCAAGCGAUGCGGCAACAUGAGCAUCUCAGCCCCGUUCGGGGUCAUCUCGGGUUCUGAGGAGAACAGGUGUGCCCAGCUUGGGUUCCAGGUCCACUGCUCCGACGGAGUCCCGUACCUCGGCUACUAUGAGCCCGAGCACGGGCUACAGAUCCUGGACAUCUUCUACAUCAACGGUUCCUUGCUAGUCUCUGACGUCCACAAACUCAGAGGCUUCAAUCUCUCUGACGAGAAUGGCUGCCAUGUCCCGAAGGCAAACACGGCGACCAAAAUCGGGCAUCCAUUCUCAGUAAGCCCCCUGAAUCAGAACCUCGUCUUCUACAACUGCACCAGGGCUCCGGCGACCCGAGCAGGGCUGGUGGACACAGUCUGCCAGAACAACACGUUUGUCCACGCGGCAGGGCGUUAUAACGUGUCGGGCAUGAUAGACGGUGGCUACGCUUUGGAGGGAUGCAGCGCCACCGUUGUGCCGGUGCUGGGGCCAUCUGUAGAUGUGAACGCCAGCGACUACGAGGAACUCAUCAGCGAUGGCUUCCUCCUGACAUGGCAGCCGCCAAGUGCCGGUAGUGGUAGCAAGAAGCGAUGGCACAAGAUUAUGCUAAUAGGUAUGACAUCAGCAGCUGCAACCUUUCUCUUUGCAUGUCUUUAUGCGCUGAUAUGGUAUAGAAAGGGGAAGAGGUUAUGGUUUCUCCUUUCCGAGACGACUAAAAGCAACACUGAAAAGAAUUACGAGGCCAUGAUAGCGUCCUCUGGAUCCCUAGCUCCGAAAAGAUACAUGUACUCAGAGAUAAUGAAGAUAAUGUCUUCUCACGAUGACCAGCUUGGAAAAGGAGGUUUUGGUGUCGUUUUCAAAGGAAGACUACACGAUGGUCGUCUGGUUGCUGUUAAAUUCUUGCAUGACUGCAAAGGAAACGGGGAUGAGUUUGUGAAUGAAGUUAUGAGCAUUGGAAGGACCUCUCAUGUUAAUGUUGUUAGUCUAUUUGGGUUUUGUUUGGAGGGAUCAAAACGUGCUCUUAUAUAUGAGUACAUGCCCAACGGUUCCUUGGAUAAGUACAUUUAUUCAGAGAAGCCCAAAGAAAUUUUAGGAUGGGAGAGGCUCUAUGCGAUAGCAAUCGGGAUUGCUCGUGGCCUCGAAUACUUGCAUCAUAGUUGUAAUACACGUAUCGUCCAUUUUGAUAUCAAGCCCCAAAAUAUCCUUCUAGACAAAGAUUUUAGCCCGAAGAUUGCUGAUUUUGGUCUAGCUAAAUUGUGUCAUACAAAGGAGAGCAAGCUUUCAAUGACUGGAGCUAGAGGAACAAUUGGAUUUAUCGCUCCAGAAGUUCACUAUCGGACCUUCGGGGUGGUUUCAACAAAGUCGGAUGUUUAUAGUUAUGGAAUGAUGCUGCUGGAGAUGGUUGGAGGUAGGAGAAACGUAAAAUCAAUUGUUGCAAAAUCCAGUGAAAAGUAUUUUCCAGAUUGGAUUUAUGACCACUUUGCGCAAGAUGAGGGAUUACAAGCAUGUGAAGUUACAAGAGAAAUUGAGGAGAUCGCGAGAAAGAUGAUCAUAAUAGGCUUGUGGUGCAUACAAGUGUUACCUAUGUAUCGACCUACUAUAACAGAAGUUCUAGAAAUGUUUGAGAGAAGGUUAGAUGAUCUAGACAUGCCGCCGAAGCAGAACUUCUGUGAACUACUUGAAAGCUCAGCUCAGAAUUUGGAUGUAAAAAGUUCAUGUUCUACCAAACCUGAAGAGAUCAGCCUUGUGAAUUCAAAAAUCCUACAACAAUCGCCAACUCUUUGA